AUGACGACUGAAGAAUUUCCCAUUAUGAUGAAACAAUCACUGAAUCCUGGUUUAGGUGCCAAACUUUACUAUGGACUUAGGAGGCAGAUUAUCGGAGGGGAUGGUCGAGGUUUAACGAAUGGGCACUACACUGCUGCUGGAUAUAAUCCUUCAGUUAUAGCCUGUUCGCCUUUAAAACGGCCACUUAUCGCAGCACCCCCAUCAGACCUUUUUCCAACGAAUUCGCUAGCAAUGAACAACAACAAUACCACCCAGACGAACAACAACAUCAACAACAAUAACAAUACCAAUAACAACAUCCUCGAAAGCGAAAGGAUCGAAAAAAUCGAUAUCGAUGAACAAGAAGAGCCUGACGCGGAUACGAUAAAAAUGUUCGUAGGGCAAGUGCCAAGAUCUAUGGACGAAAACGACUUGAGAAGGAUGUUCGAGAAAUACGGACGGGUACAUGCAAUCAAUGUUCUGAGGGACAAAGCAACUGGUGCAAGUAAAGACUGUCUGGAUUUAUUCAGCACUACAGCAAAACACCUACCACAAAUGAAUAACAGGAUUAAUAUCCGGGAGAAGGUAACCAGGAAACUGAAAGAAAACGUAGAAAAUAGCGCACCAUCCUAUGCCCAAGUAGUUGCAGACACUGCAAACCUAAAAAACCAGGUGGAAAAACUAAAUAACGAGGUAAAUGCACAGAAGGCUGAACCAAAAGCUCCUACAACUGAGAACAUGUCUAUUGAACCGGCUUUGUGUGAAAUGGCUGAACGAGAGAGGCGAGCAUCCAAUAUUUGA